AUGGGCUCCUCGUGUGGCAGCAUCGUCAACGACUGCGCGGACAGUACACACGGGAAAGCCCGCGAAGCCAACAAGGCGCGCAGUGAACGCCCCGAGAACGACGUCGACAGCGAACUCGCGGCCACCAAGAACCAAGUCCUCACGGAGGACAAUCUCUUCCACUCAUACACCGACUCACCUAUUCCCGAGAUACGCCAGCGUGCGGCAUUCAUGCGCCAACAUGCCUACUGCCCCUGUCCAGAUCACCGACCAACCCGGCUCUCCGAGAGUGGCCAGCCUCUGCGGCAGGACGCUGAGACUGCGCCACUGCCCCCGGCGCACGUCGACUUCGAGUGCCCGGACUGCGGCGUGCCCGUAUACUGCAGCAAGGAGCACUGGAUGGCCGACUACGAGGCCCACCUGGAGAUAUGUGACACGUUGAGGCAGAUCAACGAGGACGACCAUGACCUCCGGUCAGGCAGGUUUUUCCCGGAGUUCCAGUACGCAGGCCCGCAGCUGGAGGAGGCCAUGGUGAACAUGACGAACUGGGACACGUUCCUGUACACGAGGAACUUCGAGGCCAUCAACUCGGACAGGAGCAUGCGCCAGGCGACGAGGCUGCUCACGUACCCCAUCACCGUCGGGAGCAUCCUGCACGAGCUCAGCCCGUACACCCUGCGCGCGGGCGGCCAGCUGACCCCGGAGGGCCUGAAGAGCUUCAGCGCCCUGCGGUAUACCCUGCACCCGCCCAGGACGGGCGGAGGCACAGAGGUCAAGAACCUGCGCCUCGAGGCGCCUCCGGUCCGCCUCUUCGUCCUCGGCGCCCGGGCCGAGUCGUCGCUUCCCCGCGACGCCUGGGUCCAGCUAGCCCACCUCUUCCCGCGCUCCAGCUUCCACCUGAUCUUCAUCGGACCGGAGGCCAUGGCCAACCGCGACGACGAGUUUCCGCUCCCGGAGAGGACGCCCGGCAACCCGUUCGGGGCCGUCGUCGAGCGGCCCUGGCAGAACAUGAAGAUCAGCACGAUCGUCGACUACUACCACACCAUCCACAAGACAGGCCACUUCUACCCUUACGACCCUUACUUCGACUGCUUCGUGCUCUUCCACCCGGGCCUGGGCCACCCGGCCAGCUCGCACGAGUGGGCCGAGACAAUCCCCAUGCUGCUCGAGACCAAGGCGCCCAUCAUCGUGACGGGCUACACGCAGUACGACAUGGAGAGGGACAUCGACUGGGUCAACAAGACCGCCGCUGGCGAGUUCGACCUGCUGCUGAACCCUGGGGAGAACACUUUUAGGAGUCUGAGGUGGGAUCUCAACGACAUGGACCCCCAGGAUGUCACAUGUGGUAACUGGGGAGUGUGGGCCUUCCGUGGAAAGAGGUAUGAGACGACGAGGAAAGACGUGGAGUAA